CUCAGACAAUGGUUCGUAAAGAAACACGUGAGAAACAUCUUGCGAUAUGGUGGAAACAGAAGUAUAAAAGCAUUAGCCGAGAAGCUAUAAAUUUUGAACGAAGAAAACAUACAAACGAAAAAACAACAAACACUCACUGAAGAUGGGGAAAAGUUUGACAGAAAAAACGGUAGAUGAAGAGCACUCCGAUGAAGAGACAAUGUCCUUCACUAUGACGUCAUCUUAUGACUCGAUCAACUAUUCAAUGGAAUAUGGAAAAAGUUUUGGGAAAUCAAAAAGCUUUUACAAUGUUGCUGAUGAAAACGCCCCUCUGUUGGGGAGUAAACGUCUCGCUCACCCAAACGAAACUAGGUCUCGUUUGACUUCAUACACAGCAUCCAUACUCAACGCUACUCACUCCAUUUCGAAAUUAACAACAAGUAACUAUUUUGGAUUCAGUGGAGCGGCUUAUGCAACCGCACAUGAAAGACAUAUGGAAGUCUCAAAAACAGUUUCAUUGGCUGACAUAAUUUCACUGGAUAGAUACACUCCAACUGUGGUCUCUACAUUUACAACACUUACCAUGAUUACCGGUUUGUCGAUAUUUGUUUUCCCUUUGCUUGUAUCACAUUGCGGCUUGUACAUAAUCCCACUAUUGAUCACAAUCGCUACUAUCAGUUGUUAUACAUCUCAUUUAAUACACAAAUGUCAAUACCAGACCUCUAAAAAUGGAUUCCGAAAAAGAGUCUAUGAAAACUAUAUUGAUUUGGGAAAGAUGUGCAUAAAAUGGCACGGGGAAGGGCUGAUGAAGUUGCUUGUCGCGAGCAGUGUUUUAACUGAUGUUUACAGCUUGGUGUUUUGCGCGCGAAUUUCUACAGAUUUGCUUAGUCAAUACAUCAACUUCGAUCGACAAGUAUGGAUGAUAAUUUGGAUUGGAUUAGUGUUCCCUUUGUUCUCUAUUCGAAAAAUGUCAUUUCUUGCUUGGUUUGGUUUUAUCGCGAUAAUUCUCUACGUCGCUGGAUUGUGUUUCGUCUUUGCACUACUUAUCUGGCAUUACGAUUUAUGGUCGUGGCAAAAUAUCAAUCCGAAAUUUGACGUGAAAUAUUUCUUUGUUGGUUAUGGAAUUAUAAUGAACACAUACAAUUUGCAGCUUGCAGUUCCUGCCAUAGAAGCAAGCAUGAAGAAGCCACAAGACUUUCCUGCAAUGAAUAUAACAACGUUCGCAUCAAAUACAGUGCUGAAAAUCUUUUUAGCAAUAACAGGUGCAGCAGCAUUUGGCGUCAACACUCAAAGCUCGUUGUUGACAAAUUUAAUACCAUUUGGAGUUUACGCCAGCGUGAUAAAUGCUUUAAUCGGCUUGUACAUGUAUACACAAUAUCCAACUUCCAUGUUUGUUGUGUUCGAGAUGUUAGAUCUUUAUGUUCUUCCUAAGUUUUUGUUGUUUAAAAAAGGCGAAAAAAGCGAAUGGGGCUGGAUAGUGUUAUCUAGACUGCUGUUGUCUGUGUUUAUUGCAUUCGUUGCAAUUUGUUUACCUAACUUUGAAUUGUUGACUGGCUUCAUUGGAAACAUACGUGGAACAUUAACAAGCAUUAUUCUGCCUGUUUAUUUUUACAUGACAAUCCACAAGAGACGUUUAUCAAAAUGCAGCAUCGUGUUUCACUGGAUGUUGAUUGCAAUUUCAAGUUUGUUCGCCAUUACCGGAGCUACGUUUUCUGUGAUUGGUAUGUUUUCAUAACGCUUGAAAUAACAGUUACCGAAUUAUUAAACAAGCUAUUUAAACAACAAAAACAAAACUUUAUAUAUAUAGAUAAGUAAAACCUGUUAUAAAUCAUAUUUUAGCCCUGUGAAUAUUGUAUAUUUUUCAACAUUGACAAGCUUUUUUUAUAAGGAGCAAAAAAAUUUGGAUAAAGUUCAGUGUUCUUAAGCUUCCUUUUUUUACGUGCUCCACUGUUGCUUACUUUUGGUUUUAGGCCAUCUACUUUAGAAGAUAAAAGUGCAUCAUAUUAGUGCAUCAAUCGAAGCCAAUAUUUAGUUUCAAUCAAGUUUUUUUUAUAAAAAUAGGUUAUAGGUAUAGUAACCUUAUUCUGCGUAAUAACAAACUUGUAGCAUAAAAAAAACGACAUUUUUAUUUUUGUUAAACGAAUUUAAAAUCGAUAAUUUAUUGGAUAAUAAAGCACUUUUUUAAUGCUAAAGAUUCUUGAGAUUUAGUUCUGUUUAUCCCACACAACAAUAAAAUUGCAAAAGAUUUUCCCGCCAGACGCUUGGAAGUGACAAAAAGAACUUUUGCGCCAUUUCAAGACCAGGAGAAGUUCGAGAUAAAAAGAAACUUUAUUAAGGAAAGUAAUUGGUUUGAAAAUAAAAACUGAUCUAUAAUCGUUGAA